AUGCAUUCCAUUGAAGUAAACACAGGUGCAACGAUAUCCACAAUACCUGCAACCAUUGGAAUAAUAAUAAUAAUGAUGCGCUACGUGCUGUGUAUCCUCGCUCUCCUGCUCUCAUGUGCGUGUGUGCACGUCCUCGCUGAAGAAGUGCCUGCCGCCGAUCUUUCCGACCAAGUCCAUGAUACGGAGAGUGAGACGAAGAUUCUUAAUCAGAGUACUCCUCCUGCUAAGAAUUGCACUAAUGGUACUUCUGAAGUUCCUGAAUGUAAGGAAGCUAAAGUUACACCUGGACUUCGUGCUGAUGGCAAAUGCCCUGAUGGUAGUGAACCUUCUGAAAAUCUUAAGACAUGUCCUCAAAAUCAAGAAGCUCCUCCUCCUUUAGUACCUGAGGCACCAAAAGAAGUUGUUCCUGAGAAAAAAGUACCGGUUUUUCCUCCUAAAAAACCUGAAGUUCCUCCUGCUAAAGUACCAGAGGCACCAAAAGAGGUGGUUCCUUCUCAUACACGUGCGGAAGAAGAUCCUCUACAUAAGACAACGUCGCAAACCACGUCGUCAUCCCACGGUUCAGAACAAAAAGCGACGGACAGUGAACCAGAAGUGACACAACCCAGUGAAUCUGAGAGUGGUGAAUCACAUCCUGGUAGGAUUUCAGAAAGUACGUCGACAACAGAAAGACAAGGAGAAGAGUCUACUGCAGAUAAACAAAGUAACGAAGAGGUGUCGAGUAACACAACAGUUAACAGUACACCUGAUGACUCUAAUCCUAACCAGCGAUCUCCUGAAGCUGCAGGUGCUGCUGCCGCACCAGACUCACAAGAAACCAAUUCCACUUCUAUCACUCUACCGAUCACCGAGAACACUACUACAGAAGCACCAACCACCACUCCAUCUCCUGUUACUGUACCCAACGCAGAGAUCAGCAGCAUUGCCCCCAUUGUACAGAAGAACAAGGCUAAUGUUGACAGCAGCAGUGUCAGUCCUGUGAGGAUGCGUAUUGCAGCACCGUUGCUGAUUGUAGUUACACUGGCCUGUAUUCUUGUGUGCUGA